GGAAUUGUGCACUUGACACAUGGUAUCCCAAACACCAAAUUGUUAAAAUUGUAAUGAAGUGCGCGGCAUAAAGACAAAAAAGAAACUGUUGAACGAAUUUUAAUGUGAUUGAAUUAUAAAUUUUAUAUGAAAUUGUCUACAAUGUUAAAUAGAUUUAUUGUUAAUAUUAUUAUAAAAUAGUGUAAAAUAACUGUUUGUUGUUUAAUGCCAAUGACAUUAGUUGGUGGAAGAGGUUAUAUCGUGAUUUUAUAAGUUUAUCAUACUAAAUGGAUUCACCACCAGCUCAAGAAGUAACAGAACUGUUGAGACAAUGGGAGGAGCAGCACAUGCAGCCAAAUUACGACCCAAUACCGACUCUGACGAGGAUAGCAGAGAUAAUAGAAGCGGAGACAGAGAAUUUCAUGAAGAAAGACCCAGAUCCGUUCGACGAGCGGCAUCCCUCGCGGACGGACCCCGAGUGCGCGCUCGGACACGCGCUCAAAGUCAUGUUCAAAAAAGACAACUUCAUGACUAAGCUAGUGAACGACUACGUGCGCGACACGUACUACUCGCGGCAGAACAUCACGGGCCGCGACGUGCACAAGCUGAACGUGGCCGCGUGCCGGCUCACGCUGGACCUCAUGCCCGGCCUCGAGAUGAGCGUCGUCUUCCAGGUGGACAACGAGGCGCUGAUCCACCGGCUCGUGAACUGGGCGACCAACUCGCCGGAGCCGCUGCAGUGCUACGCGACGGGACUGCUCGCCGCCGCCAUGGAGGUGCAGGAGAUCGCGACCAACUUCAGAGAUUUAAACGCGAUGCUGGUGCCGUUGAUGCUGCGGAGGUUACAUGUGCUGAGGAAUAAAAACUUAGAGGAAAAACAACCAAACCAGAACUCGGUGACGCCGCCGAGCCAGACGCGGCACUUCGCGCGCUUCGACAAGAAGAAAAACAACGACAUCAAGUGCAACGGACCCGUCAACGAAAAGAAAGAGCGUGAGAAAGACGACGGCGGAGGGGGCGACAUGAUAGUGGACGAGACGCCGCCCGCCGUCCCGAAGGACCCAGAGACACCUGUCAAGAAUUACAACACGAACGCGAUGUCGUCGCCGGAGCACUGGGGCAUGAUGUCGCCGCCGCCGCGCCCGCCGCCGCCGCCCGCCGCGCCGCCGCUGCACGAGACCUCCUCCAACUCCAGCUGGGCAGAGAUGGAGACUUACGUCAUCGGUAAUAUUCAAAUCCAUCCACCCACAGACGCGACCAAACAGAUGCUCAUAUUGAGGUAUCUGACACCAAUGGGGGAGUAUCAAGAGUUCCUAUCGCACGUGUUCGAGCAGAACGCGCUGGGGCUGAUCCUCGGCUACCUCAACGUGCGCGAGUCGCGCGACUCGCGGCUCGCCUUCGAGGCGCUCAAGUACCUCGCCGCGCUGCUCUGCCACAAGAAGUUCUCCAUCGACUUCAUCAACAUGGGCGGCUUGCAGAAGUUCCUGGAGGUGCCGCGGCCGUCGGUGGCGGCGACGGGCGUGUCCAUCUGCCUGUACUACCUGGCGUACUGCGAGGACGCGAUGGAGCGCGUGUGUCUGCUGCCCAGGAAGACGCUCGCCGACUUAGUCAAAUAUGCGUUAUGGCUGCUGGAGUGUUCGCACGACUCGGGCCGGUGUCACGCGACCAUGUUCUUCGGCCUCUCAUUCCAAUUCAGGGUCAUACUCGAGGAGUUUGACAACCAGGACGGUCUGCGCAAACUGUACAACGUGAUAUCGACGCUGCCGAUCCUCGGCUCGGACGAGGAGGAGUCGCGCGUGUCGGACGACGAGACGUGCGCCGCGCGGCAGAUCGUGCGCCACGUGUGCGUCGCGCUGCGCAGGUACCUCGAGGCACAUUUGAGGCUACGAGCGGCGCAGGUCGCCCGACAACACGGCGACAACGUGCCCGAGCCGCCUUCCUACAAGGCGUCGAAGUCGUCGCCGGAGGAGAUCCAGGAGCAGAUCGAGCUGCUGCAGAGCGUGGCGUGGUCGCGCUGGGCGCCCGUCGACGAACUCGUCGAGCUCGGCGGCGUGUCGCUGCUGCUGCAGGUCGUCGGGUACGCCUACGAGUGGAACUUCAACGGCAGGUCGGAGACGGUGCGGUCGGCCCUGGACGUGGUGUCGGUGUGCUGCGUGGCGCCGCGCGUGCAGCUGCUGCUCACCGAAAAGAUCGACAUGCGCGACGAAGACCUCACCACCGGCGUCAACAUUGUGCUCAAUGCGGCGGACGGCGACAUAGUGCCCGAGCCGGAGGUGCAGAAGGCGGCGCUCAACGUGCUCGUCAACUGCGUGUGCGCACCCGUACACAGGGCAGGAUCGUCGACGUCGCGAUUCUCGAUAACUGGUUCAAGUAAAAAGAAGACCGCGCUCAAGUCGUACGAGGAUAUCAUACAGAAAGUGUGGGAGAGCGUCAGAACAAACAACGGUAUAAUGGUGCUGCUGGCGCUGAUGAUGGUGAAGUCCCCGAUCACGGACGCGGACCGGCUGCGCGGGCUGGCGUGCCGCGCGCUGGCCGGCCUGGCGCGCUGCCCCACCGUGCGGCAGAUCAUCUCCAAGCUGCCGCUCUUCACCACCUCGCAGAUACAAGUGUUAAUGCGCGACCCGAUCCUGCAGGAGAAGCGGCAGGAACACGUGAUGUUCCAGAAGUACGCGCUAGAGCUGCUCGAGCGCGUCUCCGGCAAGAGCAAACACAUGGGCGCCGAGUUCGAGACCUCGCUCGCUAAUAUACACAGGGCAAACGUGGUGGCGCAGACACGCAUCAACUACAACGAGCGGCAGCUGCUGCAGCUGGUGGCGGCGCACCUGUCGGCGCGCGGGCUGGCCGAGAGCGCGGCCACGCUGCAGCGCGAGGCGGGCCUGCCGCCGCCGCCGCCCGGCGCCGCGCCGCCGCCGCCGCCCGUCUACACGCCCUCCACGCCCGUGCGGCCGCCGCGCAUCGUGAUGGUGCGCACGAGCAGCACGGGCUCGCUGCUGCGCGACUCCACCGACCUCAACACCUCCAACCACAUGCAGACCGACGAGGCCAGUCCGCUGCCGCAAGUCAUUAGGAUCAAGAAAGUGUAUAAUAGUGGAAGUGGUACGGGCAUGAGUCCCGCGACUGCGGGCGUGGGCGCGUCUGCGGGCGGGGGCACGGGUGGCGCGACCAUCGAGCGGCGGUCGCUACAGAAGCAGCUGAGCGCCGCCCCCGGCGACCCGCCCGCCGCGAAUCCGCCGCGCGUCACGCUGCACUCCAUCAUCACCGAGUACCUCUACAACCAGCACGCGCUCUGCAAGAACCCCGUCGUCACCUGUCCACAGUUCAACUUGUUCGAGCCGCACAAGUGUCCGGAGCCGCGCGGGUGCGGCGGCGCGGUGGGCGGCGUGGGCGCGAGCGGCGCGCGGUGGGGCGGCGAGGCGCUGAACGUGUGCGCGCGGCUGGCGCGGCGGGAGCUGGGCGCGGGCGGCGGGCGGCGCGCGCACGCGCGUCUGUUGCACUCACACUUCGCGCCCGUGCGCACGCUGCGGCUGCAGGACGACGACGCAUUCUUCACGCACACAAUAUUCCACCCCACGCAGCAGCAACUGCUGGCGGCGACGUCCUCCGGCGACAUCCGAGUGUUCAACCUGUUCAGCGGCAUAGAGGAGAAUUCCUACCAAGUGCACGAGUCGUACAUAUACCAUAUGCAAGCGAGCAGAGACGGAUUAUUAUUAUUAGCAUCAGCAACGACACCCUGGCGACCACUUUCAGCGUUAUGGAACAUGAAGGAGUUCGAUUUAUUAUUCCAGUUAGACAACGAGGAGUACGUGGAGUUCUCGAAGAUGUCGGACGAGCGCAUCAUCGGCACGAAGGGCGAGACGGCGACGAUCUUCGACACGCGCACCGGCCGCGAGCUGAUGACGCUGACGCCCAGCAUCAGCAACCAGUACGCCAAGAACAGAGCGGUCUUCAACCCAACCGAUGAGCUCGUGCUUUCCGACGGCGUCAUAUGGGACGUGAACACCGGCAAAGAGAUACACAAAUUCGACAAACUGAAUCAAACGCACAGCGGCGUGUUCCACCCCAACGGCUUAGAGGUAAUAUCAAACACAGAAGUAUGGGACCUAAGGACAUUCCACCUGCUGCGGACAGUUCCUACGUUAGACAAAUCUGAAGUGAUCUUCAAUCCGACAUGCACGGCGCUGUACGCGGUGUUCUCCGACCAGGACCCCGAGGAGCGCUCGCAGUUCGACACCAGCUUCAAAACGCUAGACCCCUACGACUACUCCAGUAUAGCAACUAUUGACGUGAAGCGCAACAUCUACUCGCUGGGCGUGUCGCGGUACGGCACGCAGAUCUCACUGGUGGAGAAUCAGGGCGACUACGAGCAGAUGCAAGAGUCCUGCGUCAAGGUGUACGACGUCGGACGCAAGCGGGACCACGACGAUGACGCGGAGGAGGACGAGGAAGAGGAGCUGGCCGGCGGCUCCGAGAACGACGACGGCUCCGAUUCCGGCUCCGACAAUGACGAUGAUUCAGUGGCAUCGAACCUGCUGCGCAACGCGGUGAUGGGGCUCGCGGAGGGCGCCAGCUCCGGCGAGUCCUCGCGGGACGAGCGCGACGACGCGCCGCCACGACGCCGCAUGCGCACGCGCCGCCGGGCGGCCGAGCGACAGAGCAGCGACAGCGACGGAGACAACGACAUCGAACUCGGCGACAUCAUAGAGUUCGAGCUCGACUAACUGAUAAUAUACGUUGACAUGAAUUUUUAA